AUGGUGCUUGGACCAUUGGAUCGUCGUAACCUGAAGACGAGAUGCCAAGCUUGUGCCAGACGCCGUAUCAAGUGCGUGGGUUCGCGGCCGUGUUUUUACUGCAACAAGAGAAAAAUUCAAUGUCUGCCUCAAGCUAGUAACAAUUGCGCUAACCUCGUCUUCGUCAAUACGAGAUCUGAUCUCGUAGCUGAUCCGUCGCCGGCUCCGGGCUCGGAAGAGGACAUUGCUCUUGCUCGAUUUUUCACAGUCUUCAUGGAAAGGAAUGACUUCGCUGGGGAGCAUCUUGACACAAGUGGAAUCAUAUCUUCGUUCCAAGCAUCUCCAAGUCUUUAUCAUGCUACAUUGGCAAUUGGGUCUCUUGAUCUACGAACCACGUCCUCGUCUCUCAAAGAUCGAAGAGCAAUCACAGCAAGCGCAUUACUAUCAUAUCAGACUGCAAUCAAGAGUUUCAAAUCAGAUAUGCAACAUUCAGAUGUUCGAAGAAGUCAUGCAGCAUUAUGGACUACCUUCUUCUUGGGCCUUUUUGAACUCAUGUACGAUGUGACGGGCCAAGGAUGGGUCAAGCAUAUCCUAUAUGGCACUUCCAGCAUUCUUCAAUUCUGA